UAGGAUUAUAGUUGCUUGUUCUGACGCCUCUCUUAAGUUACAGAGAAUGAAUUCAUUACAAUUCCCUUUAAACAAACUAACAAAUCUAGGUCACGAAAUACAAGACACCGAACCCCAACAGUCAGAACUAAUCUAAUCAUCACCAUCAAACUGUCGAAACCCAAACACUGUCCAGCAGACAGAGGUCUUAGGAUACCGGCCAGGUCCUCUCUCUCUCUCUCUCUCUCUCUCUCUCUCUCUCAAACAAACAUAUUACAUGUGCAUUAAUUAAGCAUAAACGAACUUAUCAUCCAUCUUCUCUCUCUCAUACACAAAGUCAUGGUCCUCAACACAGCCGUGGCCAUCAUCAUUGAUCAUAUUUAAGAGUGCCAGAGUAAGAAGAAGUAGAGGUACUGACUGGAAAUUAUCCAAAAAUGGACAAUGCCUGGAUUUUGGGUUUGGUGGGAGCAGUGUUGUCCUUCAUACUUCUCUGUAGGAGUUUGGGGGCCAAAAUCAGAAGAUCAAGAUACAGAUGCCCACUUCCUUUGGGUACUUUCGGAUGGCCUCUCAUCGGUGAAACCUUUGAGUUCAUCUCUUGUGCCUACUCAGACCGUCCUGAGAGCUUUAUGGACAAGCGGCGACGCCUGUAUGGAAAGGUUUUUAAAUCCCACAUCUUUGGUAGUCCAACCAUCAUAUCAACAGAUGCAGAGGUUAGUAGGUUUGUUCUGCAGAGUGAUGCAAAGGCUUUUGUGCCAUCUUACCCAAGCUCACUCACUGAGUUGAUGGGCAAGUCAUCCAUUCUUCUCAUUAAUGGAAGCCUACAGAGGAGAGUCCAUGGACUCAUUGGAGCCUUCUUCAAAUCUCCUCACCUUAAAGCUCAGAUUACCCAAGACAUGCAAAAGUAUGUGCAACAAUCCAUGGCUACUUGGAAAGACAAUCAGCUCAUCUACAUCCAAGAUGAAACAAAAAAUAUUGCAUUUCAAGUACUGGUGAAGGCAUUGAUUAGUUUAGAUCCAGGAGAAGAAAUAGAGUUUCUAAAGCAAAGAUUUCAAGAAUUCAUUGCAGGUCUUAUUUCCUUGCCGGUAAAGAUACCGGGAAGUCAGCUUUACAGAUCAUUACAGGCAAAGAAAAGAAUGGUGAAAUUGGUUCAUGAGAUUAUCCAAGACAGAAGGAAGAGCAGCAGCCCAAGUGUUCCAAAAGAUGUGAUUGAUGUAUUGCUAGGUGACACAAGUGAUCAAUUAACGGAUGAAUUAAUAUCAGACAACAUGAUUGAUUUGAUGAUUCCAGGGGAGGACUCAGUACCCCUCCUUAUGACUCUAGCUAUAAAGUACCUCAGUGAUUCUCCCUUAGCUCUUUAUCAAUUGAUGGAGGAAAACAUGAAGUUGAAAAGACAAAAAGCUAAACUUGGAGAACCCUUAUGUUGGAAUGACUAUAUGACUUUACCCUUUACACAAAAUGUAAUAACAGAGACCUUAAGGAUGGGAAACAUAAUCAUAGGAGUGAUGCGUAAGGCCAUGAAAGAUGUGGAAAUAAAAGGGUAUUUGAUACCAAAGGGAUGGUGUGUCUUCACAUACUUCAGAUCAGUUCAUCUUGAUGAACAACAUUAUGAUUGGCCUUACCAGUUCAAUCCAUGGAGAUGGCAAGAUAGAGAUGUGGGUUCUUGUAACUUCACCCCCUUUGGAGGUGGACAAAGGCUUUGUCCUGGACUUGACCUGGCCAGGCUGGAAGCUUCCAUUUUCCUCCACGACUUUGUCACUCAAUUCAGGUGGGUGGCCGAGGAUGAUUCAGUUAUCAACUUCCCCACGAUAAGAUUGAAAAAAAGAAUGCCAGUGUGGGUCAAAAGGAGAUAGGGGCCCUUUUAACUUUUGUCUCCUUCCCAAGAGAAUUCGAGGGGACAACCAAACAAACAAUCUAAAAAGUAUCAAAAACCUAAUAAGGAGGGUAAGGACAAAGAUGUGUUCAUUGCACACGUGUGAAAGGCAAGCAUAGGCUGACACAAAUGGUCAUCUUCUUCCAUGUAAGGACAAGAGAAUUGCAGAUACAUAUCCUCUAGGGUCAAAAACUUUCCUAACUUUUGCUAAUUCUUUUUCUCCUUUCACCUUCUCUUUCUACUUUCUACUUUCUACUUUCUACUUUCUACAACGGUCCUUUACAAAUCCCAUAAAGGUGAUUAAGAGUUUUUCCUUGUUAUAGAUUGUGGCCGGGGCCAGGGGCCAGGGGAUAGGGUAAGGUGGGGUUGGGGGGUAUGCACCAUCAUUUGUGUUAAAUCAACAAUAGGUCCCCAUCAGCACUGUAAAUUUAUAAUGGAAAGUUAUUUUGUGUUAGUGGGGGAAAGGUCAAAUGAUCAAAGUUUGCAGCUUCUACUGUCUCUCUCUCUUCAUUGGUCUUUAUAAUUGAUUAAUGAGUUUCCAUGGUGUAGAUGGAUGGCCUUGUGUAACCCUUCAAUUUUUUUAAUGAAGACUUUCUCUUACGUGUGUGUA